GGUCUUGUCAAGGUAACGAAGGAAAUCGCCACGAAGAGGGUGAUAGCUGGAUUGAUUUCAAAAUUCCUGCAUGAAUUGCUCCUGCACCGAGGGUAACGUUAACUGCGUCAAGAUAGACUGUGGUCCCCUGCCGGAACGGGAGUGUGACCCACAUAAGCUUCCAGGAGAGUGUUGUCCAAGGUGUCACCCGCAAGAAAGUAAAAUUACACUUGAUGGCUGUGUGGAUCAUGCGGGCAUGAUGCACAAGUUUGGAGAAAGAUGGGUGGACCCAGUUAACGCCUGUAUAGAAUAUUUAUGUGGCAGACUAGGCUUCAUACAGCAGUUCAAAUUGUGCUAAUGUGAGCCUUGCCGUCCUUCACUGAUAAUACGAAGGUCAUUGUAAAUUCUGUUUGUGAAUAUUGGAUAGUGAAAUUUCAUUCUUUUCUCUGUGAAGUCUGUAUCCAUGUGGUUUUUAUUUUUUUUA